AGUUCACAACCUCAUCCAGUCCACUUUUCUGUAUUUCUUAUUGGUCCCAAUGAUCCGAUUGAUCGACAUUCGCUGCAAAUGGGAUUAGAGGAGGCGGGGUAAUCUGGGGCAGCUCGUGGAACUGAACUGAACUGAGGGCUGUGCGGUGGAAAAACGAAAAAUGUAUUGGCUUUAAACGAGAAAGCGUGGCCAGCUUUACGGUAAUCGCAGCGGUAUAAAGUAGUAGGACAGGUUGCAUGUGGAAAGGAACUGUUAACAAACAAAAAAACUACAACCGUAGGGCAUUUUUUUUUCUUUUGAGAAGAUUGUUAGCUCGUAAUACGUGGGCUGUUUCAAUGUUUAGUCGCAAAGCUACACGGCUACCUAGUUAGCCAGCUACUCAAACCAACUACCCAAAAGAAUGAGAACGAGAGAUUAAAGCCAUUUAUCUAAUCUAUCAGAGAGGAUGCUCAGCGUCAUACACACCAGAUCCCCCUGAUGAGAUACCGUGUGGUGAUGUGCAGCAACUGACAGAUAUAGCUGUUUGUGGCCUACUAUGCACUCUACCACACCCUUCAGAAAGAAGCAUUGCUGCAGCGAAGGACCGACGUGUUAACCUGUUGGACUUCUUUUUCUUUUCAACGGAUUAUUCAUACUGUCAUGUCAUGCACACACAUUCUAAUGUAACUGUAGGCAUGGCCCAGGAGACUGUCUUGAGGCUGCAUCCCUCCAAGUUGCUUAUGUAAUGCUCUGUCAUCUGCCAAGAAACAGCUGGCCACAGCACACAAGGAAGUCUCCCAGGAGAAAGCUUAUGUUUGUUUUAUUUCAGUUUUGUCACCCUCCAGUUUCCCCCCAUGCUCACCUGAGCAUUUGGAAUUCUCUGUAGCUCUGAGGUCUAGAUAUUAGAGUUGCUCCACUGACCUGAAUCUAUAACCAGGAGUGUUAUUGCUCACACUGGGAGCUGGGUGUGUGAGCAUUUUAUACAGAGCUGCUUAUUAUUUUUCCAAAACGCAAACGCAGCAUUAUUCACUUUUUUUUUUUUUUUUUUUUUUUUUUAACAUUUGUUGACUUGAAUUUAAAUCGACAGCUGGAUGGACACUUUCCUCAAACGGUUAUCUUGGUGCCCAAACUAUUAUUCAGAGACUUUGAGGAUCAUCUAGGCUCAGUUUUUAUCUUGCAAACUGGACGUGAGGAUUACCCCUAAACUGGUCCUUCACUGUCUUCAGCCUUUUGACCUGCCUCAAGAAUGCUUCGAGUUGGCAAAGAGAGACUUAAGCGUGUUCUGUUUAGUAAAGUGCAACCUCACAGGUGUUGAAUGAAACAACAUACAUUUUUGCAGCUUUCAAGGGGCGCAAAGAUCAACUUCAGCUGACGACCAUUUGUGUGCCAGAAAGAAAUUAAACACAGGACACUCACUAAAGCUGUUUUAUUAUUGUUUUUUCUAUUCAGUUUAAUCACCUUUUUAAGUUCUGAUUUUAGACUUUAGACUCUUUCUCAGACUCUACUUCAGAGCCCAUGUGUCUCUCAAAAAAGGCAACGCUAGUAUUUUUUUAGCCUCUGCCAAGCCAACAUUUGCUAAAGACACAAAGAAAAACGUACUAAAUCAAGUCGUAAACAUUUUCUCCUCUACCUCUUAAGUUUUACUGUAAACCAAAUUUGUUUUGCAUCAAAAAAAAAGUUUUUACUCAUUUUUGGUCAUUAAUUUUCACACACAUUGAAUUGUUAAUUGUAAAAGAGAAAACACUGUAGUUAAUUUAACACUAUUUUUAACCUUUUUUUUCCACCAAAAAACAUUGAGCCAUAUUCCUUUUUUUGGUUAUUGUAAAGUUGUUUUUUUAAUAGUCACAGUCAUUUUAUUUUGGAAGAUUGUGCUAUUUUAAACAACUAACAUGAUGUUUUUUAUCUUGAAGCCCUUCAAAUAAGCACUGUCUUUGUGGCUAUAAAGAAAGAACUUCUUUGAUCUUUUAAUAAUUUGCAAAGAAGCCAAGAAUAUUACAGAGAACCUGCUUUUACGGUUUUCAUCUUUACAUCCUCAAUAAUAUCAAAUAAGCCAUUGAUAAAAAAAAAAAAAAAAGUUUAAGUGACCCAUGAAAAUCUGGAGGUAAUAAAUGGACUUCAGCUUUCAGGCCUGUGUUUUGUAGAGUGCUUCAGGCGGACUCUGCAAACCCUGCCUUUUUUUCCUUGAUCUGUUCUAUUUUUUAACUUUCCUGCUGAAACUAUGCAGAGACUGUGGCAUUUCUUUACAUUGAACCGAGGGAGAAAAGAACGACCUCACCUUCCUUAAUCUCCACCUGCAUCUUUCACAUAUUCAAGCCCUCACUUGCUUGCAAGGGCACUUUUUUGUGGCGGAUGCUCCUGGUGUUCCCUGGGUGAUGCCAAGCAGCAGUAAGAGUGGGGGUGUGUCUGGCCCCGCCUCCCCACCCCACCCCACCGUUCCAUCCCGCCCCCUCCGACCUAGUCGCUAUGUCCCGGUGUCUGCGGCAACAGCAUUCUUGGUGGGAGCAACCACGCUGUUCUUCUGCUUCACGUGUCCAUGGCUUUCAGAGCAAUUUUCGGUUGCUGUGCCAAUAUAUAAUGGCAUCAUGUUCCUUUUUGUGCUGGCCAACUUUUGCAUGGCCACUUUCAUGGACCCUGGCAUCUUCCCUAGAGCGGAGGAAGAUGAGGAUAAGGAGGAUGAUUUCCGAGCUCCGCUCUAUAAGACGGUGGAGAUUCGGGGCAUACAGGUGCGCAUGAAGUGGUGCUCCACUUGUCGGUUCUACCGACCACCUCGCUGCUCACACUGUUCUGUGUGUGACAACUGUGUGGAGGAUUUUGAUCACCACUGUCCGUGGGUGAAUAAUUGCAUAGGUAGGAGGAACUACCGAUAUUUCUUCCUGUUCCUGCUCUCUCUGACUGCUCACAUUAUGGGUGUCUUCGGGUUUGGCCUGCUCUUCAUCCUCUACCACACCCAACAGCUUGACAGAGUGCACUCUGCCGUCACUAUGGCUGUCAUGUGUGUUGCUGGACUUUUCUUCAUUCCUGUAGCAGGCCUUACUGGUUUCCACAUUGUACUGGUGGCAAGAGGCAGGACCACUAAUGAGCAGGUGACUGGGAAGUUCAGAGGAGGAGUGAACCCUUUCACUAACGGUUGCUGGAGGAAUGUGACGCGUGUUCUCUGCAGCUCGCAGGCACCCAGGUACCUGGGCAGGAAACGGAGGGCUCAGACAGUGUCAGUGCAGCCCCCCUUCCUCCGGCCACAGCUCUCCGAGGCGCAGCUUGCAGCCAAAGUGCUCGACAACGGUAUCCAAGGAGAUCUACACCGGUCAAAGAGUAGUUUAGAGAUGAUGGAGAGUCAGUCUGCUGAUGCUGAGCCUCCUCCUCCUCCUAAACCGGAGCUCAGAUACCCUGGCCUGUCAAGAGGAUCGGCUGGACACUCUGAAGAGAGCAGCCUGUUAAAUAAAGCUCCACCGACUCCCACCAUGUACAAAUACAGACCUGCUUACAGCAGCCCAGGGAAGAACCACACCGCGCUAACACACGCAUAUGCCAACCAGAUGAGUCGUGGGGACAGUCUGAAGGAGUCCUCCUCCUCUCUCCUCCAGUCCAGCCAGCAGCCAGGCUAUCGCUCUGAGCCCAGUCUGGAUGGCCGUGAGGGGGGAGGAGGAGAGCUCGGGGGUGCCGAGCGACCCACCGGAGGCCAGGGGGGACCUCCAGGCCCCGGAAUCCCUGGUUACUCCCUUGGGGGACGCUCUUACCCCUCCUUCUCAGACCCCACCGUGCUUUCUGGAGGCGCCUCACGCUCCUCCAGUGUUCGCUCUUCCCACAAUGCGCCACCCUCCGAGGCCACCACCUCUACCAGCUACAAGAGCUUAGCCAAUCAGACGCCUCCGCCAGCCCCUCGUAACGGCAGCUUGUCUUAUGACAGCCUACUCACGCCUUCCGAAAGCCCGGAUUUUGAGUCCGCAGCACCUGAGCUGUCGCCUGGACGACCGCGCACACCUGUGCUUGGAUACAGCUCUCCAUUUCUGUCUGCUCAAAUUGCUCAGCAACGGGAGGCAGAGCUUCACCAGCCCUCUGCCUCCAGCUCCGUCCUGCUUGCUUCGCCUCACCGCGCUGCCUACCUGCGUGGCUCCACCUCCUCCCCACCCCCACCACCUGAACGAGAGCGCGAGCGGCUGCUUCACGACGCACAGCCCCAUCAUCAUCACCACCACCACCAUCACCACCACCACCACCGACCCCCGCGCUUUUCCCGCCCACCGCUCCUGUCUGACUCGGGAUUGUCACAGCCCUCCUACCCAUACCGCACUCGCUCCACAGACGCUCCGUUGCCCCCCUCCACCCAUCCACCCCGCUCACCUCACCCCCCUCCCUUAGGGAAGUCUCUGUCCUACUCCAGCGCCGCGGCUGCUGAGAUGCAGUAUCGCCUGGUCCGCAAGGCCUCCGCUUCUGUCGGGGGAGGGGGCAUCCAGGCGCCCAAGGACGAGAUUCAGAUGAAAUCUUAUAGUCGGACGAAUGGACAGCCCAGAUCACCUCUCCCUCAGUCUCCUUCUUCUACCCCCUCUUCUCCCUCUCAUCCAGUCAGUGUCUCCACCCGCCCAGGACAGGCCUAUCCCAGUGUUGGUUCUUCUCAGAGCCCCGCUCACAAGCCUGGAGGUGGGGUGAAGAAGGUGACGGGCGUUGGAGGGACCACGUAUGAGAUAUCGGUCUGAGUGAUGGCUGGCAGCUUCCACUAGCUUGGUGUCACCUGCUGGACCAUGGACCUUCUUUUUCUGCCCACUCUCACAGGAGGGCCUCACUACUGGAAGUGAAAUAUAUUGUGUGCACAAGACAUUUAUUGGUGCAUCCACACCAUGGAGCAAAAGACUCCAAACCUGUUUUUACCAAUGAGAAAAGAAUGAUGAAUGACCAGCAGGUUUAUGGUCAGAUAAGACGCUCAGGAGGAGGAGGAGUAGAGUUCUGUUUCACAGAUAUGGCACCUUGUCAUACAAUCCCCUCAUGUUUCGAGGCUGGACUUCCUUAUAUCUAAUGAGGAGGUGUGACACUUUCUGGGUGUGGCAAAUACCUGGACUGCCUUUUUUUUCUUUUUUUUUUUUUUUUGUUUUGUUUAAAUCAGUAUAAGAAAAAAAAAAGAUUGCAAGUGUGUAAAUGAUAAAUUGUAUGUUCUGUAUAGAGAAAAAUGGUUUCAGUUCUUCUCCUGGGGGGGGGUUUCUUCAAGUGGCUGGAUUUCAAUCAGAGACUUUAUUGGCAUGCAGUUGCCAUUUCAGACCACUGUGAUUUGGCUUAUGACCAUUCUGCUUCUGUGUAUUGACCAAUCAGGACUGGAGAAGCAAAGCAGUAGUGGGGAGCUUGGAAGCGAAACGGCACGUGUUGUUUUAAUGACGAGCCUUUUCAAGAUGGUGUUUUAGAGCAGUGGCCUUGGAAAACAAGGAAAUUUUUUUUUUAAUUUAAUUUGAAAAUGUUAUUUUAUAUGAAUUUAUAAAUAGCUAUUGAUAAGAUCGAGGAUUUGGGGCGUAUUUAAAUAGUGCAAAUUUUCUGCAGGUUCUGUGAUCCACACAUCAUAUAUGUUAUGAUUUGUUAAUCAGAGAAUCUGCUUGAAACAUGCAUUACUUGAAUUUGCAUUACAUUUCUUUUCUACUACAGCUGAUGAGAUUUAUGUCCCAUUUGGAUUUUUAACCAAUCAAAUGAGUGAGAGAAGACUUGCCUACCGUUGAUUGACGGCUGCUACAGCCAAUCAGAGGCUAAGCCUGUGUCUCCACAUAAAGACAAGCCUUGAAAUCAUCCAGAUGAAAUCUAUGUAAUGCACAGUCGCUGAGAUGUAGCAUCUGAACACAUCCGACACACAGGUUUGCCCACUUUAUGGGAUAAAUUUCAGCAUUACCUUGUAAAGUAUGUCUGCCUCUGAGAAAUGUUUUUGGUAAUCAGUUAUCAUUUGAAGAGGAAUUCUUGGGUGGCUUUGUCUCGCUGACCAGUUGGGAUUAAAGCUAACUGGUCAGAGAGAUGGGGAACUAUAUCAGUGCACUCUGAUAAGAUAAUGGUUGACCCGAUCGGUGUGACCUCUGUGGUUACGAAUUAUGAAAAGCCUUUUUUUUUUCUUAUUUAAUUUUUACUUUCUUUCAGAACGAUUCUGUGGACGUUUUGCAGGGCUUGUGUUUCAGUGAUUCCUUGAUUUGUCAGUGGCAUUAAAUUGAACUUUAGAUCAAGACUGGAUUAAAUGCAUAUUUUGUCCAAUUGGGCAAAAGGUGUCUUGACAGCCGAUUUAACAGUCAGUGGAUGCCCUCUCUGAAAGAAAACGAGAAAUGCUUGAGGGUCUGGAUCAGUAGGUUAAAUAAGAAGGAAAAAAAGUGUACUGUAUAGCUCAGUGUGAGUGAAUGUAUGUGUGUGUGUGCGUGGUGGAGCAUUGGUAAUAAACUCUUUAUAAAUCACA